AUGGACCGGUAUAAAAGUUGUGAACGCGCGCUGAAGAUUGCCGCCGCUCAGCAAUGCAAGCAGCAUGGUAACGUCAUCAAGCAAGACUUCGCAGCGAUAGCGGUCAAGGCAGCGAGUCAAGUGACACCUGUUAAGGAUACUCGAGAGCAUGUUAAAGAGUGCUUCUCGCGUAGAGCUGCUGUGGAUACUCAGGUAUUGAAGACGGGUUGUGAUAUCCUUUUGGACACCUUGGAGCUUAUAGAACGUAUAACUAGCCCUGUAGCCAAUGAUGAUUCACGUGAUAGUGCUGAAAACGUAUCAUUGGCAACUAUUGCUAGGCUUGCGAAGGCACGCCAGUUCCAACAAGAGGAUGCUACUGUAAGCUUGUGUAAGUACUUAAUUUUUUUUUUCGAAACGCUUCUUAUAGGUCAUAUAUCUGGUAAUACGGCUGCAAAUGUUACCUCCCGUAAUGUUGAGAGGUCAAUAUUCAACGACUUGGGUGAUAGUUUCUACGAUCUCAACGUUGUGGAGAAUCGCAAUAUCGUGGAGUCUUCGGGCACAUCCAUGGCCAGCCGUGAUGUACAAGAAGCUAUAUCGGCUUAUACAGCAACGGCAAAGAGCCACUAUGUUGGUCAGGUGUUCACUGUUUUGCCGGACGAUAGUGGAGAUUCAACUAAGGCGACUAAGGAACCUUCUGUGCAAAAGGAUCACGGAAUGGUCUCCAAAAAUCUCAAUAUACAGCGCAUAUGUGGAGCAUCCGGUCAUAUAGAAUGUGAACUAGGGUUGAACCCUUUUGAACAGUAUUAUGACCUAUUUAACCCACCAAGGUGUUACCAGAAGAAAAACAAUGUCACGCAUUACGUUGGUGGAAUGUAUCCUCCUUUGCAUACCUAUUAUUCAAAGGAUAACGCAAGUAGGGAAGAUACGUUCACUAUAGUGUCUCAAAACUGUUUGAGGCGAGUGUCGUGCAAGCGUGUACCAAAGCUCGCGGAUCAUUUGCAGAAACAAACUCAGCGUUGCGUAUCAGAUAUACCAUUUGCCUUCCUGGGGAAGACCACGGCUGGUGGUCACCAUGCUAAGGAUCUGGUAUUCAUCAAUGAAUCUACACUAAGGCGUCAUGCUUCCCCGGCUAUGGCACCGUGA